CUGACAUUUUUGUAUAUAAGCAGCAGCUGUCUUAUUAAGUAAUGAGUGUUCAGUUCAUUCAAAAUCGAAAACAAUGAAGACUUCAAUCGUUAUACUUUUCCUCCUCGUCGCCUGCUGCACUUUGGGGGCUGAAAGUACCUGUGUUUGCACCACCGAAUAUAAGCCUGUUUGUGGUACUAACGGUGUUACUUACGGCAACAGGUGCCAACUGAGAUGUGCGAAAGCCAUAUUUGCCUACGACGGGCCGUGCUGCGGUGACAGGUGAAUUUAGGGUUGCCAGACGUCCCGUAUUUUCCGGGACGUCCCGUAUUUUAGGCUUAGUUUAAAAUGUCUCGGCGGGACUGACUCUGUUCCGUAUUCGAACUGUUCGAUUACAAU